AAGGAAACUGAACUUAACAGUCUUUCUUUAUAGUACCGAGUAAAAAAAAAAUGGGAUAGAGAGAUUAAUGAUAUAUCAUUUAUAGGAUAUUUAUAACUUUGUAUAUAAUACAUUUAAAAAUUCUCAUCUUGACUAACAAGUAAGUUAUACUCGCGAGAAGCAGCAGAAUAACUUUUAAAGGACGUUUACCUCAAAUAUCGUAAAGAAUGUUAUUGAAAUAAGAUUUAGAUUAUUUAAAUAAUAAAAAUAUUUUCUUCGAAAAAAUGAGUGAAAUUUCAUGCUUUUCUCAUUUUAAUGCAAGCACGAAAUUGGAUAAUAUAUAACAUUUAAUUACUUUGUAUGUAUUUUAUACGAUUAUAUUUAACGUUAUUUAUUAUUAUUAUGUUGGAUGUUGGAUUAUUUUCACUUCUCCGAGAUUCAGUAAAUAUUAUUGUAUGGAAAGACCUUGAAAAGCGGCGAUUUGUCAACGUUGCGUCACUUGCAACAGGUCUUGCUCUGGUCUUCCCUGGCCAUGAGUCAGGCGGGUGACGAUCGGCGGCUGAUGGACGGAUUUUGAACGCUAGAUAUGCAAAUCGCUAGAGAUUUCUCUAUGAAUGACGCAUAAUAGAUUGAGCCUUCUAUUUUUAUUUUUGCGAUAAAUAUAGAAGGUUGACGAUAAGAGUGUAAAGAGUUUUUCCUCCAUAAUGCGAUACACGCUCUUAUCGAAUAUUAAAAUUGAUCAUUCGAAAAUGUUAAAUGAGAAUUUUGGCCUUUGACAGCUCUCUGGAAUAACUAUAAUCUGUUAUUCCAAGUGAAUUAAUUUUCUUCUGAAGCAUAGAAUUUUUUUAGGAUCGAAACAAUUAUAUUUAAGACGAUAGCUAACGUUGUUAACAUUUUUUCGUAGUCCGUUUUAUAACAGGAAGAUUGACAUAAUUGUGUUUAUCACGGUUAGACAAAUAGUGAAUAUUAAGUGAAGCUUUUUAUAUAAUUGUUUUAAAUUUAACUUUGGAUAUUUUGUUUAACAACAAUGCGAGGAUAAUGUAUUUCCAACAUAUUUCAUUAAUAAUAAAAUAAAAAAAAAAGCAGGAAAAUGUAGGACAACGGCUCAGGUAGAAUGAUUCAUCGAACAGACGCGAUAAAGAUUGUCCAUUCUUUUUUUGUGCAACCUCUUUUCUUAUCCCGGAGUGAUUCACGCUUCACCUCGAUCUGGUAACGUAUUUGAACGGAGUGGAGAAAUCUACGUCUGGUUGCUAAGGAUACGAAUCACGUGCCAGAGCUAGCUCCUCGGAGAGCAUUUUGCUUCGCUGCAGAUAAAAAUCCGAAAAGCGAUAACUUCGACUGGGUUUUUAAGAAUAACGCAUUUAAGAGGAAUUUAUUUAAGUCGCGAGUUUCGAGUGUCGUCGGAGAUAAAACUCGGGACGUCACUCACCCGUUACAAAGCAGUUAAAAUGCCUUCGGUUUAUUCUCAAAAGUGUCAUUAAUAUUUCUCCAAUACCGAAUGAUUCAUUUUAAAGUGCUAAACUGUAAACGAAAAGGUGAAUCAUCCAAAUCGUUUAAUACUUCUCGCUAUCGAUUUAACGUGGUUACGAUUUUUAUUAAUAAGGAAACAACCAGAUCUGAUGUAGAAAAGAUAGCGACGUUCAAUCGUUAAGCGAAUGCUCGGCAUCUGAGAAAUUGUCUUGCCGAUUUUCGGAUCAAAAGCUAUUAGCUCGUAGGCACAAAUCUCGGUCGUUCCGCGGACACCUCGUCCUAACAUCAUACAAUAGUCCGGCCUGUUUGUUCUGAUCCCUUAGUCACCCGGGGCUGUGACCUCACCCGACCAAAUCCUCGACUCGACUCGUCGAUGAUUUCAUUACUGGUCCUUUCACCUCCUCCCGUAGUGACGUGAGGAUGACGUCACCGACGCGGAGUCUCUAAAAUCUGUCGUGAGAAUGCUUGGAUUUGCCAUUUAGGCCCGAGAGCACGUGCUGUCUUUGUGGUAACCACGUGGUCGUAGGAAAGGCGUGAUUUUUCGUAUGAAGAGUCGAUAAGAUGUUCGCCAGUCUGUAACGUGUAACAUAUCAACACGUGUACUACAGAUCUUCAAUUGUUCAUGUCUGGUGCAGCGCAAUUACAGGUCCUUCGGGAAGUGUCCGGCGGCAUGCUACAAGUAAGUGACCAGAGGAGGCAAAGGUUACAUUUGGCUCUCAAUAGGACGCUGUGUUGUACUUCCUGCACGUCUCCUCCGCCGUCACCUCCUCCUUUAAACGCACCAGUACAAAAGAAGAGUCGGUUAGAUCCGAUAGACUGUAGAACUUAUCUCAAUCACGUGAAAAUGAUCGCUGCCAACGAAUUAGCGGCCGAUGUAGGAAGCGGAACCGUUUUGUUGGAUUGUCGCCCUUUUCUCAGUUAUAACAACAAUCACAUCGCGGGAGCUAUAAACGUCAAUUGUUCAGAUCGCAUCAACAGAAGGAGAUUGCAACAAGGGAGGGUGCCGUUGUGGGAUCUCGUGCCUUCGAGAGAGGGUAAGGAAACUCUAAAGAAGAAUAUUCUGGCCGAUGUCGUCGUCUAUGAUGAUUCCACUAGCGAUGUGGACAAACUAAGUCCUUAUCAUCCGUUAGCCUUGGUACUUCAUGCCUUGUGCGAAAACGGAGCUAAACCCGGAGUGUUAAAAGGUGGUUGGAAAGAAUUCCAGCGUUGUCACGGUGAUCUAUGCAUUAGUACUCAACAAAGACCAUCAGGAGAAGUUUGCAGCUCUCUCAUCAGUCCUACCAUGCCAGUUUUAACUGAAUAUGAACUUUUACCGAAAGCGGAGAACUUGGAUGCCACACCAAUCCUUCCAUUCCUUUAUUUGGGCAAUGAAAGAGACGCAUCCGAUUUGCAACGUCUUCGCACGCUAGACAUAAAUUACGUUCUGAAUGUUACUUCACAUCUCCCCGGUUACUCGGAAGACGACGGAAUUAUUCAUAAAAGAUUACCCGCUACAGAUAGCGGCCAUCAAAAUUUGAAACAAUACUUCGAAGAAGCUUUUGAGUUCAUAGAUGAAGCUCGCAGGAAUAAUAGCAACAUUUUGGUGCAUUGCCAGGCUGGCAUAUCACGUUCUCCGACCAUUACGAUUGCCUAUAUUAUGAGACAUACCUUAAUGAGUUUGAUCGACGCAUACAGGUUUGUGAAAAGUAAAAGACCUAUCAUAUCCCCUAAUCUGAACUUUAUGGGCCAGUUGGUGGAACUGGAACAAUCGUUGAGAACAGAUAGCGAAGCGGACGGACCAGAUUGUGCCUCUUACAAACAAUGCAAUGGAGAAAGGACUCCUAGUGCGCAAACCCCACCCGAAACAGGACCUAGUGUUUGACGCCCUCUAUCGGACAAUCGUUGGGUUAAUAUAUAUUGUGCCAUAUCCUCAAGGAGGACCAAUGUACAGACUCUUACCAUCCAACCAACAUUUAAGCAUGAAAAAAUUCUCACCAAACACGUGAUAUCCUAUCCAUUCGACUAGAUCUGAUGUAUAUUUUUCAUCAUAAUCGAUAAAUAAGUGUUGCAAACUUUCAUGUUUGUAAUACCCUAUUUUCAAAAGCGAAUUUUCCUUUUUUAUAAAAUUUGAAAUUUAAUUCGAUCUCUGUCCGUCGAUCCUAUUUAUACACUGUAUAUCCGAUUAAAAUUUUUAUAAUUAUAUAAACUUUCUCUUGUAGCAAAUAGGAAACAAAUAAUUUAGGAUAUUUAUGAAAGGAAUGAUACAUAUGUAACUAUUGUUUAUUUUAUGCUGAUUCGAGAUAUGACAGCUAUUUGUAGCAUAUAAGUGCCUUUAACUUUAUAUUUUGUACGUUUAGAGACUUAAACCUAAUUUUUUAUUAUUAACAGUAAUAGGUACCGUCCGUAUUCGAAAAUGAUUUGAAAAAUAAAUAUGUAGGGUAGAUAUAGGUGCGAUUAUAUGAAUAAGUUAACUAGAUAAGUCAUUUAUAUAAAAAGUUGGAAGUAAAAGUUUACAACAUUCGAAUCUUUCAGGCUUGAUUGCAUUCUCAAAGACAAACUAUUUUUGCAAGAUGGUCACAGACUUAAUAUUUAUGGAAUUUUUGUAUAUAGAUAUAUAUAUAAUGAUGUCAUUUAAUUGGCAAUUCGCGAACUAAUUUGGGAUUCAAGCCUUGGGUUCGAAUGCUUCAAUAUAAGCGGGUCCAUAGUUAAUCCAAAAUUUUAACCAAUCUAGUCUUCUGCAUUCUCUUAUAAUGAGACUUUAUUGUACAGUUGAGUAUUUGUCCUUUUUUUUUUGGUACAUGUAACGCAAAAAGGUUAUAUAUGACAUUCAAUUGACAACAGUAUUUUUCAAACAGAAGAAUAUAAUAAAA